CUCUAAGGAAGGUAGCAUAGUGUGCAGUUCACUGGACCAAAAGCUUUGGCUGCACCUCUUCUGGAAAGCCUGGCUGUGGGGCUCUUCAUGAUCAUUGUAAUUCUGCUGUUCCAGAAACCCACAGUAACUGAACAACUUAAGACGUGCUGGGAUAACUAUGUACAAGGACAUUGCAGGCAAAUCUGCAGAGUAAAUGCACUAUGUGAAAAUGGGAGAUAUUGUUGCCUCAAUAUCAAGGAACUGCAAGCAUGUAAAAAAAUUACAAACUCACCCAAG